CGCACUACGCAGUUCAAAGACUUGAGUAGGUAAAUAAAUCCGCGUCUCUGACGUUCUCUAUACGUGUUUUCGUGAGGCAGUCUCCGCGCGUCGAAAGCGGCCACUUGUGCAAACUGAGCACGGAAGGGGCGGAUUUAAGGCAGACGUAGUCCCAAAAUAGGCAAUCUGUAUAUAAAGGGCCAGCGAAUCACCAAAUGACAAGACUUACCUGCCAGUAGUCAACCGAGAUCCACCAUGGCCAAGUUCCUGUGCUGCAUUCUGGCCCUCUGCGCCGUGGCUUCUGCCAGCCCGAUCCUGUCCGGCAACCAAGGACUUUCGGGUCUGAACAGUCUGCAGGGGCUUCCGGGUCUGAGCAACCUGCAGGGACUUCCGGGUCUCAGCAGCCUCCAGGGACUUCCGGGUCUGAGCGGUGUCCAGGACAUCUCCAGCCUGACCAGCCUUCCCGCCCAGCUGGCCUCCUCUGGCAUCAACGCCGCCUCCUCUCUGCCCGCCGCUGCGUCGUCCAUUCUGAGCAGGCCGGCCCGCUCCGCCGAGGCUUCUCCCAGCCCCCUCCUGUCCGGCAUCCAGGGACUUUCGGGUCUGAGCAACCUUCAGGGACUUCCUGGUCUGAGCAACCUCCAGGGACUUCCUGGUCUGAGCAACCUUCAGGGACUUCCUGGUCUGAGCAACCUUCAGGGACUUCCUGGUCUGAGCAACCUUCAGGGACUUCCUGGUCUGAGCAACCUGCAGGGUCUUCCGGGCCUUAACGGCAUCCAGGACAUCUCCAGCCUGGCCUCCCUUCCCACCCAGCUGGCUUCCUCGGGCAUCAACGCCGCCUCCUCUCUGCCCGCCGCUGCGUCGUCCGUCCUUAACAGGCAGACCCGCUCCGCCGAGGCUUCUCCCAGCCCGCUCCUGUCCGGCAUCCAGGGACUUUCGGGUCUGAGCAACCUUCAGGGCCUUCCUGGCCUGAGCAACCUUCAGGGCCUUCCCGGUCUGAACAACCUUCAGGGCCUUCCUGGUCUGAGCAACCUUCAGAGCCUUCCUGGUCUGAGCAACCUUCAGGGACUUCCCGGUCUUAGCGGUGUCCAGAACAUCGCCAGCCUUCCCGCCCAGCUGGCCUCCUCAGCCGCCAACGCCGCCCAGGGUGCCGCCUCCACCGGCCUGAACUUGGCCUCCUCUCUGCCCGCCGCUGCUACGUCCGUCCUGAACAGGCAGGCCCGCGACGUGACCAACGCCGCCGAGGCUGCGGCCGCCACCGGCCUGAAGGCCAUCCAGGGGGCCUCCGACCUCGCUCAGGGCUUCGCCGGCCUCGGCGCCGGUUUGGCCCAGACCGCCGUGGGCACCGCCCAGAACCUCGCCAACCGCGGCAUCGCUGCGGGACUCGGCGCUGCCAACUCCGCCACCAACUUGGGUCUCGGUCUCGGCCGUGCCCUCCCCACCGGAGCUCUCCCCUCCCUGGGCUAAGUCUUGACGGCAAAACAGUGAGAUGCUCACCCUGCUCUUAGAGCUCAUGCCAAAGAUUUUGCGCUCAUGCUUGCAGCAGGAGGAGCUGCAUUAUUGUUUGCUGUUCCUUUUACCGACGAUAUUUCAAAGAUUAAUAAAUUAAAGUCUUAAAAUGCA